AUGGCAGAUGAUGAAUCGCGUAACGUCAUCUCGACACGACAGCAGGCAACAACGGUGCAAGACCUACGAGAUAAUCGUUUAUCCGAUGGCUACAAGAAGGGCUACCGCAGUGGACUGCGGCAGAUUGUUGCGUGGCUGUGUGCAGCAGUUCAAACCGGUUCAAUAAACCCAGACGGAAUUAUCAACCUUGACGUCUUCACUUAUGAAGACUUCACAGAGUUUGUACUGCACAACGUGGUUGAGCGGUACGUGCAUUACGAUGGGCUCGUUGUGGCUGGACUUCCUCUGGGCAGUGGUGACUUUGCGGUGCUGCCUCCUCACUUCAUUGCUGGCAGCGAUGAUGCCGUGACUGCCUCCGGCCAACUGGUAUUUCCGCGAAUGUGGCGCCAUGAAGAACUACGAGGAGUCUUGAAGAGCUGUCUGGCAACAUUGAUUUACCACAAGACGUUCCUCGAGAAUGCUCUGCCAUCGGAGCACCCCUUGCUGUCCAGUGUUCUUUUUGGGGACCCAUUGAUGGCGACGCGGUUGCCCCCCAAGGUUACCCUUGCCUCCACGAUGAUGCAAUCAACUGGAAUCCCUCCGCAAACUUGGCCGCUAUACGUGACCUUCCAGGAGAAAUCCGAACUGUCAUCGAGGGCAUUCUUGACGAAAAGGGUAUCACAUCGGGCAACAUCACACAUUCACUCCUCAAGUGACUUCUCAACAACGCCGUCGCAAGGGUUGCUGGCACAAGCAGUCGUGCUGUUGUCACCACUGCUGUGGACGACAAUGCUCCAGUCCGCCCGGUCCACUUUUCGGGCAGAAGAUGGCACUUCCUAUCAGUGGACUUCGAGUUGA